AAGGAAAAAAAAUAAUAAUAAGAAUAAUAAAAAUGGAAAAAAGUUUCCAAACAGAAAAUUCCAAAAGACAUAUGAAAAUGGGAAAUCCACUUUCUGUGUAUGAACUUUAAAGAAUGUUCCUUUUGGUCUACGGAUGAGUGAAUAUCUGAGACACAAUAUUUAUAACAUUGAAAUUGAAAGAUAGCUUCUCUGAAAAAAGGCCUUCUUUUCACAGAGACACAGAGAGAGAGAGAGAGAGAGAGAGAGAGAAUAAGAGCGAGUGGAGUCAGUGAGUUGGUGAGAGAAUGGGGAACGAGAACUCCAAAGAGCCAUCGUCGUCGUCGUCGUCAUCGUUAGAGAGGAAAGAGUCGAGGCGAUCGAGGCUGAAGCAAAAACUGCGGGUUGAACGUCAUCAUCUUCGGAAUCGUCUUCGUCAUCUUCGAAGUGGAACUAGAAAUGGAAAUGGAAAUGGAAGUGGAAGCGAUUCGUCUUCUCAUAAGAAACUUCUCGAUGCUGAUCAUUUCGCCGGAAUCGCUCUUCUCACUCUUAUCCGUGGGGAGAUGAAAUUCAGGGACAAGUGGCUUGCUUGCGUUUCUUUUGGAGAACAGACGUUUCGUACCCAAAUCUCAGACUCCACUGACAAACCAGUCUGGAACUCGGAAAAAAAGCUGCUUUUGGAGAAGAAUGGGCCUGAAGUUGCUAGGAUAUCCGUCUUUGAGACCAAUAAACUGUCCAGCAACAAGCUCAUUGGAUAUUGUGAGAUUAAUUUACUUGAAUUCCUAACACGGGAUUUGGAUUCUGACUAUGAAAUAUUUGACCUGUUAGAUCCAUCAACACCAAAUGUGGUGGUUGGCAAAAUCCACAUUUCAUGCUCUGUUGAGGAUCCAGUUGAAACAGAAAAAGGUUUUGCAAGGCGCAUCUUAUCUAUCGUGGACUAUAAUGGAGAUGGGCAGCUUUCAUUCCCUGAAUUUUCUGAGUUAAUUAAUGCUUUUGGGAAUCAAGUGGCAGUGGCUAAGAAAGAGGAACUCUUUAAAGAGGCGGACUUGAAUGGGGAUGGUGUGGUUAGCUUGGAUGAACUGGCUUCACUUCUUGCUGUUCAACAAGAACGGGAACCAAUAAUGACUUGCUGUCCUGUUUGUGGUGAAAUUCUGGAAGCUUCUGAUAAGCUGAACAACAUGAUUCAUCUGACCCUGUGUUUCGAUGAAGGAACUGGUAACCAAGUUAUGACAGGAGGAUUUUUAACUGACAAGGAGGCCUCAUAUGGGUGGAUGUUCAAAUUAAGUGAAUGGGCCCAUUUUUCAUCCUAUGAUGUUGGUUUGAACAAAGGAUCAAGUGCUUCCCAUGUUCUGGUAUUUGAUCGGAGGACUAAGAGGCUUGUGGAAGAAUUAAUUGAUGGAAAAAUUGUGUUGUCAAUGAGAGCCAUUUACCAGUCAAAAGUAGGGCUUGGGCUUGUUGGUAAAGGGGCGAAGGAGAUUUUGCAAAGCAUCUCCGAAAAGCAGGGGAGGAAGAUGAAUUCAUUGGAAUCUGCUAAAGAUAUACCGAAGUUUGUUGAAUUUUUUAAGGAUCAAAUCAAUUUAGCUGAUGUCAAGCACCCUUUGGAACAUUUUAAGACAUUUAAUGAAUUCUUUGUGAGAGAGCUGAAGCCUGGUGUAAGACCAAUUGCUUGCAUGGAAGAUGAUAACGUUGCCAUUUGUGCUGCUGAUUGCCGUUUGACAGCAUUUACAUGUGUUGAUGACAGUCUAAGAUUUUGGAUUAAGGGUCGCAAGUUUUCAAUACAAGGUCUUCUUGGGCAAGAAAUCAGUUCAAGUGCUUUUAUUGAUGGAACAUUGGUCAUAUUUCGUUUGGCACCUCAGGAUUAUCAUCGGUUCCAUGUUCCUGUUACUGGAACAGUUGGGAAGUUUGUCAGCAUACCUGGGUGUUUAUAUACAGUUAACCCCAUAGCUAUAAAUAGCAAAUAUUGUAAUGUCUUCACAGAGAAUAAGCGCGUUGUAACUACUAUUUCCACUGCAGAAUUUGGGAAGGUGGCAUUUGUAGCAAUUGGAGCAACUAUGGUUGGCAGCAUAACCUUUCUAAAGAAGACGGGUGACUAUGUCAAGAAGGGAGAUGAGUUUGGAUAUUUCUCAUUUGGUGGAAGCACGGUAAUCUGUGUUUUCGAAAAGAAUGCGAUUGAGAUCGACAAGGACCUUCUAGAGAAUAGUGCCAGGUCGCUUGAGACCUUGGUUUCUGUUGGGAUGAAGUUGGGUGUCUCCAAGAAAGCAUACGACCAUGGGCUGCCAAACUUGGAAAGGUGUGCGUUACAAGAUUAGAGAGAUACUGUAGGAACCAACUUAUUAUACCAAUUUUUUGGAUAUCGACUGAAAUGACAAUGUCUUAUUUGUUGGUUCUACUACCUGACCAAUAAGAUGCUGACAUGUCAUUUUGGUAUUAAAAAAUGGUGAGUAGCUGGUGGCAAUAGUAUUAGUUUACUAACAAGAUUAAGAUAAUAAUAUAUAUAUAUAUAUAUAUUUUUUUUAUA